AUGGCAAGCUUGUUGACCUACGGGAAUAUAUCCAAUGUUACAGAGAGCUGGGACCAUCUUUUAAGAAUUGAGGAUUAUGAGGAAAAGGCAGGAAUUCUGCUUUUCAGAAAAUUCUUUGCCUACGAGCCACAAGCACUUAAAGUCUUUGGAUUCGAAGCGGGUACAACGCUAGACGAUGACUUCUUCAAGAAUCCAAAGGUCGUUACCCAUGCGGUGCAAUACACGCGCAUGUUGGGCAAGGCUGUCAAUUUGUUGGGACCGGACAUUGAUGUUGUGAACGGCAUUCUUCAUAACUUGGGACAAAAGCAUCGCACUGCAUACGGUGUAAAGGCUUCGUUUUACUCUCCCAUGGGAAAAGCUCUAAUUGAAACCCUAGAAGAGCUCAUUGGACCAAAGCAUUUUACUGAAGCAGUCAAGGAAUCCUGGGUAGAGUGUUUUCAAGCCAUGUCCUAUGAAAUGAUCCAGUCCGAGGGUUCAAGGAGACAUAGUUGCUGA